CUGAAAAGGCUUUGAACUGAUUGUGAUGCCUGAUUUCUGAUUUCUGAUUUCCAUGGCACCGACUCCGGCCACCAUCGGCGCGAAUAACGACGCGAUCGAUGACGACCCUGCGGUGCCAGAUGAGCCGAUCAAGUCGACUGCCUGGUGCUUUUGGGCGCCUUUCGCGAGAGAGGUCGGGCACAUCCCAUGGAAGGCCCUGCACAGACAGACCUGCGAGGCGGAGAGCGAGCUCGAGCAGCUGAAGCCUCGAAAAGCCAUGGCGAACCUGAACUGGAUCAGCCUGCUGGCGGACAUGUUGGCUGGCACGCGGGUCUUUUGGCUGGCCCCGGGGCUUUUUGUCGCAGCCCAGCUGGCAGCCUUCGCGUGGACCGGAGGUGAGGAGAGCUUCUUCGGAAUGGUGACUGGCGGCGUGGUGGAAAGCUUGAGCCUAGACACAGGCGCGAUCAUGCGCUGGCACAUGUUCAGCGCCUCGGCGAUGUGGGCGCUGGGGGCGGUGCAGUUCCUGGCGCGCCGCUGGCGCCAGGGCGCCUGGGCUCCGCUGCACCGCGGCUUGGGCCGGCUCUUCCUGGGGCUGUGGUUCGCGGUCGCCGGGCCUUCCGCCUUCUACCUGAGCCUCUACAGCGGCACCGGGCCAUCCAAUGCGCAGGUGGCCAUGACUGCCUUCUCCGUGGUCUCCAUGGAGACCACGGUGCUGGCCUUCUACUACUUCUGGAAGGGCUGGCGCGUGGCGGUUCGAAGGCGGCUGGGAGCGGAGACCUGGCGCCUGCACAAGAAGGCCAUGGGGGCGGGCUUGGUGUUCACCAUGACCAUCCUCUUCCAGCGCUUCUGCCAGCUGAUUCUCAUCGCCUGCCGGAAGGCUGUGGUGGUUUUGGCGGAGGCUGGCCCAGGCUCCUGGACCCGAGUGCGGUGGGUGGCGGAAGCGCUGGCGAGUGGGCCGCUGGACCACAAUGUGAACCUGGCCUUGUCCACCUGCUGGUUCGGCGCGGCUCUGCUGCUGUUGCUGGACGGCCCCCGCUCGCGGUUCUUCGUUCUGGCGCUGGAGUUGGACCCAAAGACCGCCGAGGAGCUCUUCGGCGAUGAGGGGCCGGGCGCUUGGGAGCUCGGUCUGUGGCGGGGAAGGCUUCUGCUGUACCUGGCCAUGCGGGGCUACGUGACCAAAUGCUGGACCAUUGACCCGAAUCCAAAGCAGAUGGGUCUCUUUUAAGCCGGGCUUGCUAAAGUGAGCAUGAACUCAGGCUUUUCACAACUCCUGCAACCGAACUAGCCUGACGCGGGCA